GGAACCUUAGACUUUUUCUACCAUGGAAAGCUUAAUUCCAUAUCUUGUUCCUCUCCUUCUUCUUCCUUUCUCUGCAUACCUCGUCUUUUCCAUUCGCAAAAAGGCCUCCGGCCAACGGAAAAACCUUCCUCCGGGCUCCAUGGGUUGGCCGUUUCUCGGAGAAAACAUGGAGCUCGCCAGUUUAGGGUGUCAGAAGCUAAUCAAAGACAGAAUGCAUAAAUACUCUGGACAUGUAUUCAAAACCUCGUUGUUGGGAGAGAAAAUGGCGGUCCUAUGCGGUGAACAAGGAAACAAGUUCAUCUUCAAGAACCAGAACACACUUUUCGCAAGAUGGGCGCCUCCCUCAUUGAGAAAGGCCAUCUACCAAGAUCUCGAUGCAACCAAACAUCAAGAACCAAAGGCCACCUUCGACAACUUCCAAUACGACAUCCUCAAGCCGGACGCCUUGAAGAAGUACGUGCUAGUGAUGGACUCGCUAGCUCGUGAGCAUCUUGAAACCGAAUGGAGAGGUAGCUUAGUGGUGGAGGCUCUUCCAUCGACACAGAAGUACGCCCUCUCGUUGGCGUGCAGGAUAUUUAUGAACAGGGAGGGUUGGGAUCACUCGGGCGAUUUCUUGAAAUCCUUGUCUCGUCUGACUAAAGGGAUCCUAUCUUUGCCUGUAAACAUGCUUGGGACGGCCCUAAACCGCGCUAUAAAAGGCGGGAGAGUGGUGCGUCGCGAGUUGCUGAGGAUCGUGGAGGAGAGGAGGAGGGAGAUGAGCAAGGGAGAGGAUCUUUUGUCGAAGAUGGUGGAGGCAACGAAUGAAGAUGGGGAAUAUAUGAGUGAUAGCAUGAUUGUUAAUGUCUUAAUAGGUUUGCUUCUUGGCGCCGAGUAUGAACUCUCUUCAUUGAUCACUAUUGUGAUUUAUUAUCUUGCAGAGCUUCCCCACAUUUUCAAUCGGGUUUUGGAAGAGCAAAUGGAGAUUGCAAAAUCGAAAGGCCCUAAUGAGUUGCUGGCGAUGGAGGAUUUGGAGAAGAUGAAGUACACGUGGAACGUGGUUCGCGAGUGCUUGAGGCUAACACCCCCUUCGAUAGGAGGGUUCAGUGAGAGCACUGCUGAAUUCACCUAUGCAGGUUUCACCAUUCCUAAAGGAUGGAAGGUAUUGUGGACGUCUCAUUCAUCCCACAUGAACCCUGACUACUUCCCGGAGCCGGAGAAGUUUGAUCCGUUACGGUUUGAGGGGAGUGGCCCGGAACCUUACACGUACGUUCCGUUUGGAGGAGGAGCGCGUAUGUGCCCCGGGAGAAGCUAUACGAAGCUUGUAACAUUGGUGUUCACCCACAAUUUGGUGACAAGGUUUAGACUUGAAAAGGUCAUUCCAAAUGAGAAGAUGUUAUUCAGAUCUUCGCCUGCACCGGCUCACGGCCUUCCCCUUCGCCUCCAUCCUCAUAAAAGAUAGAUCAAUACGGAUUUUGCAUGUGUUUAAGGCCUAUAUUUAGCUUGUUUUAAAUGUCAUUCGAACAAAUUAUGUUCUUAAAUUGCAUAUUUUAUACUCCCUCUGUCCAAACUAAU